UUACUACUACUAGUACAAUUGAUGACACUCGCAAAACUCACCACUGAAGCCGUCACUUUGAAACUUGACAGUGAUGAUAGAUUAUUAUUAUAUUUACCUGCCGGUUAUCUUCAAUCUGUCUCAUAGAGAUUAGCAUAAAUUGGACCCCACAACAGUAAUGGAGGUCGACCAGCACCUUGUCUGGCUUCUAAGUGCCAUUAACGCAUGUGUGUCUGAUGGUAAUGUUGAUGAGAAGAAAUUAAAUAAGAACAUUAGUGAUUGUCUGGCACGUGUCAAGAGUGCUAGUUCUGGCAGUGACAAAGAUCAAGCCUUUGAAAAUUUCAAGAUAAAAGCAGCUCUUGUGUUCUUGUUGUGUUGUCCAUCCGUUCGGGACAUCAAAGAAGUUCAGAGUAGUAAGGAUUUUCAUUCUGUCCUUUUGACGUUUCCUGCACUUCAAGAUUCCAUUUUCUUUUCUGUAGUCAGAAAUCAGAAGUUUUAUAAAUAUGUGGAUCCUCUGUUGUGUUUUUUGCCCCUUUCAACACUUUGUAAAUUGAUACAAGAAUAUUUUAAGUGUACAAAUGAAGUUACACCCAUUACUCUUGCUAUUGCAAUGGAAUUAAUGAAAGCAUUAGUUUCUAGUUGGCAAAAUGUACCUGGAGAAAAAGAUGAGGAAAGUGAAAAUUCGGCUGUGUUUACUUCGAUUUUGCAAUUUUUCUCUUUAAAGAAAGUCGUAGGAGGCACAAGUGCUCAAGUCAGAUCAAGUGCAUAUUUCUUCAUGUAUUUAUGUGAGUGUACAUUUUUGGUGGUAAGCACAAUUUCAGGAAAGUACAAUAAACCUCAAGAAUUAUCCAGCAUUCCUGAAGCUUGGGCUAAACUUUGGAAAUCGGAAGGUUGUACGGGUGGUUCAGUCUGUGAUAAGGGCCCCAUUUCUAUGGAUGUUUUGAAGUCAUUCUGUGAUUUAUGUAAUGAAAGUAUACAAGGCAUAAGUGUAGAUGUGUGGAUUGACUGGAAUGAAGUGCUGCUGCCCCUUUCCGUAACAGUCCAUAGAAAAUCUGUCGCCUCAAAAAUGAAACAAGAGCAGAGUACAAUACAGUCUGUGAUAUGUAACAUUGCAUUUGAUAUGUUGAGGAUUGUAGAGUCUUGUUCAGAAGUAAAAGAACUUUUGCACAGUUACAAGGAUUUAAAUCAGUUCUUUCAGCAAGUAGCUGCAGACCCAGACUAUGAUCCAGAUUAUGAUUUGCCAGUGGAAAAGCUGUUGCCUGAAAUAGAAUUGAAAGAUGCACGUCAUGAGAAACUGCUGGGCAUUCUGAUGAAAAAAGAUGACAUUUUGGUAUCAGAAGAGUGCAUUGACUGUGCUAUGAUGCAUAUAAAAAAAGUGGACACUAUCACAAAACUUCAAGUACUAACAAGGCUGAUUAAACAUUUAAAAGAUAAGAAGGCUUAUAGUGAAAAUUCAGUAAAGAUGGUUCUGAAGAUGGUUGAAGACCUCCCUGCAUCCCAGUUAUUGCCAAUUAUUGAAGAGCAUUUGUCUUCAGGCCAAGAUGAAAUACUCAAGACUCCUGAGUUUCGUCUUCAGAUGACUUCUGUGUUCAAUCAGUUAGUAGAUGGUGAAAAUUCUACAAAGCAUGUGUGGCUCUGUUUGCAGUCUGGUCAGUCAGUUGUCAGUGAAGCUGUAAAGAUGCCAGUUGCUUUUCCAGGUCUUGUUAAUGUCAUGGUAAAAGCUUUGGCAUCCAUCCCUACAGUUUGUCAAGCAGCAGGGAAUUCUGGUGCUUCUGUUCUGAUAAACAUACUGCAAGAACGAUUGAUGGCAGGACUAGAAGGAAGAGAAGAAAAAGACUUUGGUGAACUUGUUAAAGGCUUAGUAGCUGCCAGUGUAUUAAGUGCUGCAGAGGUGUUGCAUUUUCUAGUACAGCCUUACCUUACAGUAUCUUCAAAGGAUUUGAAAAGACUAGAGUUACCUCUUGAAUUACUAAAGAAUAUAAUUCACCUUAAUGUUGAAGCAGUUGUGAAACCCGGUAUAGAAACAGUAACUUUGAUGGUGGUGCUGGCUCAUAUUAUUAAUGCAACUGCUUAUUUGGAUUGUCAGAAUUCUCAAGAUUACUUGACAAUAAGAGUAUGUGCACUUGACAUAAUACAGUCACUUUCUCAAAUUAUGAUUAAUGAUCAAGAAAGGUAUGAGAGAGAUAUUUCAAUGCUAAAACAGACAAUUGUAAGGUACAAGUUUCAUCCAAGAAGUUUCUUAGCCUUUAUGGAGCUCCUAGACUGCAAUGAUCAAGUUAAGGGUCAUGCUGAUUGUCUUCUAUUUAUGAUUUCAAAACUACGUCCUUAUUGGGAAGGGAACACUUUGAAAAUUAGUGUUGCACGAGACAUCCCAGAGAACUUGAGAAGAGCAUCUAAAGAGGAAUUGAUUAUGGCACUGAUACAGGUGCUACCACAUUGCAGUGAAGAAGAGUGGAUAAUUGCCUUCUAUAUCACACAUAAUUAUUUGCAGUCUGGUCGAAAGGCACUGCCUGCAAUGUUGAUCUUCCAGAAAGUUCUGUACUUGAUUGAUUUGCAAGUAAAGACUUUGAAAGACUCUGAGGGGACUGUUACAACAGAAAAUGUUUCUCAAGGUUCUGUAUCCUUGGAUCAUUGUUUUAGGUGCUUUUCAAAUGCAGCUGUGGUCUAUUUAGGGGAGUUAAUGGAAGAAGUUACUUAUUUCAUUAGAUUCAGUACAUUGUGCAGCAUCUUCAAGUGGUGGUGUCAGGUGUGUCGUUCAUACUCCGAGGAGCUAGAAGUGGCCUCUCUUUUUCUGAUGCAACUAGUGAUAGCCAUUGAAGAGAUGAUCAAUGGCAAUAAGCUGCAAGUAGUUGAUGGCAAAAAUGAAGCAGUUCACACAAACAGAGGGAAGAUAGAAAAAAGCCUCUCUUUGGCAAAUGGUGACGUUGGAGAACCUGAGGAGGUUAAUGGGGUCUUGAAUAGUGAUGAAAAAUCAAAUGAAGUGGACACUUUACGUAUUGGUCAGUUGAAAUUGGUAGGAGGAAAUAAAAACAAGUUAGAUGGCAGGAAUCAUAACACUCAGUUAUAUAAUGGGUCUGAUGGUACUGAAGAAAAAACAAAAUUAUGUGUUGAUAAGAAAAAAACUUUACUAAAUAACACAAUAACCAGAGCAGAUUUUAAGAAACAAAUAGAAGACAUUAGUGUAGCAUUUCUAAAAUUUGUUCCUGCUAGCAAACUGUCAUCAUCAGUGGCAAGCAAACUGAAGAAACUUCAUGAAAUCUCAUAACUUGUGGCACAAAGUUGCUUGUACACGAAAAAUAGUAAUCACAUUACUACUUCACUUAUGGCGAGCACUGCUAAUAUUAAAGCAUACUUGUAUUUGUAGUCUUAAUCGGUGUAAAUGAAGUAGCAUUAUGAAUGAAGUUCAAUUUCAAACAAUAAUGACUACUGUUAAACCAAGUGCCUAUUUGUGUCAACAGGUGCAUUUUAGUAGUUUAGCACACUAGACUUGGAUUUGGUACCCUGAUUUGAUUCUAGUAUUGCAGCUUAGUUCAAUUUUCCAUGGACCAUAAAAAAUAAAAGAUUAUAUAUAUUUUAUAAAGAUGAGAAUGUA